AUGUGUAAAAAACAUCAUAUAGGAGCAACAAUAUAUCAAAAAAUUAUUGAUAAUCAAAGGCCUCCUAAACCAACUGAGGAGUGGCGUAGAAUCUUAGAAUCUGUUAGCAUCUCUAAUCGGAUUUCAGAAAAUAACCAAGAAUCUUUACAGCUGGUAAGUGCUGAGCAUGAUACCUCUUCUACUAACAUACAAAAAGAUGAGGUCGUUCAUACAGAGCACCCUAGAGAUGAUGAAGAUAGUGCAAAUUCCCAUAUAAGGCUGAAUACAGUAACUAGCGAACAAAAAGAUAAGGUUAGUGGAAAAAAAAAGGCUAGUACAAAGGCAAAAGACGAAUCCUCUCCAGUGGAAAAAAAUAGAAUAAUCAAUUUUUCCAAAAAUGAUACAUCAAGACGGGAAUCUGAUCUUAAUAAAUUAUUAAAUAUUACUGGAAAUAUU